CCAUUGUACUAGUGUAUGCUUUCGUAGGAAAAAAAUAAAAGUUGCUAGCUGAUAAAAUUACUAUGGUCGGUUGUAUCUCCCUUUCAACUAGGUAUUCUGCUGUGGUUUGUUUUCCUCUGCUAAUAUGACUCUUCUUUACUCUUUGCGUCUUAAAGAGAAAGCAAUCUGAUCAGUCAGUAGGCCACUUACACACACACCCACACAGGUAGAUAUAAGCAUAUACUUCUUCUCUCUGUCUCUCUCUGCUUUACGCUCUGCAUACCAUUGCAAAGCCGACAAAGCAACUUGUCAAAGUUCAUAAAGAAAAAGAACGACUCAACACUAUACUAGUUUUAGUUCCCAAACUCAUUCUCUGCCUUUUUCAUGUUUAACGUUUUUUUUUCUUCUUCAUUGCAUUGCAAUGCUCUACGUCCUAGAUCACUAGGUAAAAACAAUCUUCUCUUUACUGUCCAUCCUUAUAUUGAUUGAUUGAAUGAUCCAUCCAUGACAAUAGAAUCUCAAUAUCAGAGACAAGAGAUAGGGCAACGCAGCGACUUCCUUUGACGUUAAGACACAGUGUGUUUUGCAUAACGUUUAUCUUGAGAAGCCAUAAAUGGUGUCUUUAGGGACCCUUUCUAUCGCCGUAAUAAUGGAGAGUUAAAAAUCGGUGAUCGACCUGUUCCGAACCUUGGUGUUUCCAAGUGGGUAUAUAUACGAGAGUCGCUACUAGUCCUUAAAGACUUUGCUGCUUUUCUUGCGUCCCCUUUCAGUAAUUAGUUUUCAUCCUUUUUUUGGACGUAUGAACAAGGAUCGUAAAACACCUUCUUUCGUCCAUUGAGAACAGUCAUCACUUUAAACAACUAUUAUCCAUUGUUGUGAACUGUAAAGAUUUCAAACUUGGAUCCUUGGGUAUAGCAAAUCGAACACUUGGUGCUUUAGAGCUGGUUAGCUGGUGUGGAAUCACAAGUGAAUUCUAAAACUGUCUUGUCUGUGUUGGUGUUUUUUGUCUUGAUUAAGGAAUUGAAUUUUUUUUUUUUAAUUCAUUAGUAUCUUUCCUCAGGACAAAAGAAAUUAUCAAAAGAACAAUUCUUAAUCGAAAUCUAACUGGAUCUGUCUAUUCCUCGUAAAGUGGUACUCCUGUGGUUUUAUUUAUUUUUAUUUUUUAUUUUCUAAAUUUUUAUUUUUUUUUUUCAAUCCCAGCCUGUUGAAAUCAAAGUUAUUUUCUUUUUUAUUGUUCUUUUUCUUUCUCUUUGAUUUCGACUUUGAUCUUGUGUUUCUUCUCCUUUUCUCCUUUCUCCUCUCAUCAAAAGACUCUUUUUUUACGUUCAUUAUGUCUAGCCCUUUUGCUUAUGCCGAUACGUAUCCCCCUCCUCCCACCUUUCAGCAAAAAUGUUCAAGCGCUAUCCGGUCCGUCUUCACUAAAGAUUUUUGGAUCGGUGACUAUGAUUAUAGUUUCAUGCUUCCUGCCAUCCCCUUUACCAAAAGUAAACCAAAAUCCCCUCCCUUCUUUUCCUUGAAUGCCAACACACCCGUUCUCUUGGCUUUUAUUUUGGGGUUUCAACAUGCCCUCGCCAUGGUUGGAGGUGUUACUUCUCCCCCUCGUAUCAUCGCUGCCAGUGCCAAUCUGACAAUCGAACAAACCAACUAUCUUGUCUCUGCUGCCCUCAUAAGUUCGGCGCUCUUGACUCUCAUCAAUAUCAUUCGCUUCAAAAUCCCCAAAACUAAUUACUACAUCGGCACAGGCAUGCUCUCCGUUCUCGGUAUAUCCUUCACUAGCGUCAGUGUAGCACCUAAAGUGUUUAGUCAAAUGUACCAAAACGGUUAUUGUCCUACCGCUUCUGAUGGUACCAAACUCCCCUGUCCUGAUGCCUACGGUGCAUUCAUUGCUACCUGCUGCAUUUGUUCCUUGCUUGAAAUUACCAUGUCUUUCAUCCCCCCUCGCUUCCUAAAACGCCUCUUCCCUCCCAUCGUCACUGGGCCCGUCGUGUUGUUGAUUGGUGCAUCUCUCAUUAUGACCGGUCUUGAGGACUGGGCAGGUGGUAGUGGCUGCACCAGCCGUCAAACUAUGUGUCCUUCUAACUCUGCUCCCCAUCCCCUGUACUGGGGUAGCGCCCAGUUCAUCGGAUUGGGGUUUAGUGUUUUUGCUACCAUCAUCAUCGUUGAGCGCUUCGGUCCUCCUUUAAUGAAAACCACUUCCGUUGUCAUUGGUCUUGUUAUCGGUAUGAUCAUUUCUGCUGCUACUCAUUAUUGGGAUCGUUCUAUCAUUGAUGCUGCUCCAGUCAUCACGUUUAAUUGGGUCCAUACUUUCCGUCUUAGACUUUAUGGUCCUGCCGUUCUCCCCAUUCUUGCUAUGUACAUUGUCAACAUGAUGGAGGCCAUUGGCGAUAUCACCGCCACCUCAGACGUCUCUAUGCUAGAAGUCGAUGGUCCCGAAUUUGAUUCGAGAGUUCAAGGUGGUGUUCUCUGCGACGGUACAUCCUCUUUAUUAGCUUCACUUAUGACUAUCACCCCCCUUACCACCUUCGCCCAAAACAACGGUGUAAUCAGCCUGACUAAGUGUGCUAAUCGAAAAGCCGGCUUUUUUUGUGCUCUUGUCCUAUUGUGCAUGGGUAUCUUUGGUAAGUUCGCCGCCGUAUUUGUGGCUAUCCCAAAUGCCGUUUUGGGAGGAAUGACCACCUUUUUGUUUUCCUCCGUCACAACCUCUGGUAUAGCCAUCAUCUCUCAAAUACCGUUCAAUCGUCGAAACCGCUUUAUCCUCACUGCUUCCUUAACGUUGGGUAUGGGGUCGAUUUUAGUCCCUAACUGGUUUAGUUACUUUUUCACAUAUUCUGGAAGCAAUAAAGGUCUGGUUGGUUUCUUGGACGCCAUCACCCUCGUCAUGGAGAAUGGAUUCGCUAUCGGUGCUUUUAUAUCCAUAUUCCUGAAUCUUGUCCUUCCUGAAGAAUUGGAUCCUGAUAUGCAUAACGACAGUCCUGGUAUAUCUUCAGGUACUAACGGGAUAGUCGAGCUUACAGCCGUUGAGCCCACUGAUUCCACUACCAUCGAUACAAAGAAUGAGUCUGAGAAAAAGAAAAGAGACAAUAAUGGAAUCACUGAAGCAUCGGUGUAGUUAUAUUCCCCCAUCCCCCCUCUAAACUGAAUUGUUGGAAAAUUGGUUAUAAAUGAUUUCUUCUAAUUCUUAAUUUCUGUUUUUUGUUUAUUUUUAAUGUCUUCUUGAUGGUUUGCUUUUUCUAUUACACGUCUUCAUAAUAUACUCUUGCAAUACAAAAUCCUUUUAUUUUAUUAAUAUAUACCGUAGCUUAUUUUAAUUCAACAUUUUCCUCGCA